AUGCAGCUUCACCCGGCGAUCUGCGAAUCUGGGUAUUCAGAUGAGCUUCCUCUAGGGUGGGAAAAUGCCUGUGUGAGGACUCUUGAUCGGGUAGACUGGAAUCCAGAGCCGCCCUCAUUCAACUGGUCUCAGCCGCUCGUUCACAUUUCGUGUCGGCUUACACAAGGUUCCCUCUCGCUGUCUGAUUUCCGGGUUUGGAGUAAUGCCAGCGACGGACGGCCCAUCGCCCUGGACAUUCUCUGUGUGAACCAAAUGAACAGUUCCAUUAGCUUCCCCUGGCCGUUUAAGGCACCUCAUCUGGUAUCGUUGGAAAUUGUUAACUGCAGAACUGUGGACAUAUUUUCUGAAUAUCUCUCCGAUUCUAUCGACACGCCUCAAAAUAUCCGCAUUCUUGUCAUGAAGGAUACUGUGAAGACUCUGUCCACGUCGAAUAUUCAAGAUUUUGUGUCAAAUGUCACGAAGAUUUCUCGUGAUGUCCAUUGUUUAUCAGUUGUUCUGGAGAAAUACGUGUACACUAACGUCACCACAAAUUACGUUAUAGAGCCUGAGCACAUGGCGAUUGUGGUUGAACUGUUAAACAACUGGCAGAUACAGAUGCAAAGAAUAACACACAGGUGUGACUUUAAAUAUCUUCAGCUAAUGGAUGAAAGCAUUGGGAAAGGACUAGACGAUCGGCACUUCUUUCAACUUCACGCCAAAGCCACAUUCCCGGAACUCCGAGUGUACAAUUUGUCCCAUUUAGGGUACACGGAAGUUCCCACUGAGUUCAGACAUUGGCGCCUUGAUUUCCCAAAACUCGAGCGCCUAGACUUUUCAUGGAACAAUAUCUCAAGUUUCGAUUUUACUGAUAACAUGAUAUCCGGAAGAAAUAUAUGUGAUAUAGAUUUGAGAUAUAAUAACAUAUCAGAACUUCCCGCAGAAAGCGUCCAAAUCCUUGUCCAUGUCAAAUCAGCUGUUAUGAACUUGAGGAACAACCCUCUGUCCUGUGACUGUUUUACCAACGAGCAUCUGUUCAGGUUACUGAGGGACAAUCCACGGCUGACAGGGGUGGGGCUGGGGAAUUACGAGUACAUCAGGAACAUAACCUGUGCCUCCCCGGAACGUUUGGUCGGUGUGCCGUUCGGACAGCUGAAAGAAGAGGAUAUAUUCUGCGAGGAACCUUUACCUGUAACUUUCAUUGUGGUCGUUUCCUCUCUAGGCUUUCUUGUGAUACUCUUGGCAGUUAUUGCCUUUGUGGUUAUCCGAUAUCGCCAGGAAAUGACCAUUUUACUCUACACUCGCUGUGGCAUUUUGUUCCGUAAACUUGUAAGAGAGAAGAAGACAUUCGAUGCUUUCAUCUCGUACAGCAGUUUGGACAAUGGCUGGGUGAUAAACACAUUAGUAAAGCGAUUGGAAAGCAAAGAGAAAGGUCCCGCCUUCAAGCUUUGUGUUCACCAUCGGGAUUUUGAGGUGGGGGCCGCCAUUGCUGACAACGUCGUCAAAUCUGUGGAGUCCAGUCGUCACACGGUUCUCGUGUUAUCACGAAAUUUCACGAAAAGCGAGUGGUGCAUUUACGAGUUUCGAACGGCUAUGCAUCAAAGUUUGAUAGAAAAGCGCCGUCACAUGGUGAUCAUUUUGCUGGAAGAUGUCCCCAAAGAGAACUUGGAAUCGGACUUGAGGAAAUGCUUGGAGACUUACACUUACAUAACAGUCGGGGACCGUCUCUUCUGGGAUAAAAUCAUCUAUAGUUUAUCGUGUGGAGCGGCUAAACUCCAAAGCAAAUCCUCAAGCAAAUCCUAA